CGCAAACAUUGUUUUAUCUUUAAACAAGAUGCAGCCAGGACAGGACGCUCCUCGUUUUUCAGCUCCAGCCUACAUUGAUGGCGACAUUAAAGAAAUUGACCUCAACGACUAUAGAGGUCAUUACAUUAUUCUCAUUUUUUAUCCUGAAGAUUUUGGCACCGCAAUAACUACCCAGUUAAUCCAAAUUGCUCAGCUAAAAACUUCCAUGCCGAAUGAUUGUGUUGUUCUAGCAGUUUCUACAGAUUCAGUGGAGUCCCAUGCUGCUUAUGCAGAGCUUAGUGUUGAGAAAGGAGGAGUAAAACACACAAAUAUCCCGCUCAUAAGUGAUAAGAACGGAGAAAUCUGUCGAAGAUAUCAAGUUUUGCAUAAUGCUACUCAUGUUGCGGCUAGCUCAGGGUUUGUCAUAGACCGGGAAGGCGAGAUUGUUAUGAUGUUCUAUUGUGACGACAACCUGGGCUAUGAUAUGGCAGAGCCGUGUAGAAUUGUUCUCGGAGCUAUAGCUUGUGACAAAGAAGAAGCUUGGGAUAAAUUGAGAGGUACAGGGGCUGACUGGAUACCUGGAGAGCCUCUGGUCAAAGUUAACGAUUUGAUCACCAGUCGUAACAUAAGAAGAACUGUUUCUCACGGCGAGUUCAAGGAUCACAUUGAGCCAUCCUCCUCUUCGUCACAAAAUCAGGAUGAUGCAGCUUCAUCUUCACAGGAUAAAGCUAAAUCUCCAUCUCCUGCUCCGCCCACCAAAGCUAAAUCUCCAUCUCCUGCUCAACCUGAAAAGGCUAAAUCUCCAUCUCCUGCUAAACAGGAAAAGGCUAAAUCUCCGUCUCCUGCCAAACAGGAAAAAUCUAAAUCUCCAUCUCCUGCUCCUGCUCCACCCACCAAAGCGAAAUCUGCAUCUCCUGCUCCACCUACCAAUGCUAAACCUCCGUCUCCUGCUCAACUGGAAAAAGCUAAAUCUCCAUCUCCUGCUCCACCUACCAUUGCUAAACCUACAUCUCCUGCUCAACCUGAAAAAGCUAAAUCUCCAUCUCCUGCUCCACCUACCAUUGCUAAACCUACAUCUCCUGCUCAACCUGAAAAAGCUAAAUCUCCAUCUCCUGCUCAAGCUGAAAAGACUAAAUCUCCGUCUCCAGCUAAACCUGAAAAAGCUAAAUCUCCAUCUCCUGCUCAAGCUGAAAAGACUAAAUCUCCGUCUCCAGCUAAACCUGAAAAAGCUAAAUCUCCAUCACCUGCUCCUUCUCUAUCAAGAGCUGGAACUCCGAACCCUCCUACCAAGAAAAAGAUAGACGAGGAUAUGCUAAGCCUGUGUUCAGCUACAACUGCAGGAACAAACAUGCAAGUCUCUGCUCCCCCCACACAACCUCCUUCUAAACCAGAUCCUGCUCCUAAAGCUCCAACUCCAGCUAGAGCUGUUACGCCUAAACCUCCACCCAAGAAGAAGAUUGACGAGGAUAUGCUGAGCUUGUGUUCUGCUACAACUGAAGGAACUGAUAUGAGAAUGAGCUUAAACCCGCCUCCUGCUAAAUCCAAUCCUAAAACGGGAGCAGCCGGUACUCAACCUAAGACAGGAGCAGCUGAUGCUGAACCUAAGACAGGAGCAGCUGGUGCCAAUUCCAAGACAGGAGCAGCUCCAACCAAAGAUGAUUCUAAGAAAGACGAGAAUCCGUUUGCAGAUGUAACUUCUUUAGCUUAUACUAUAGCUCCUUCUAAACACGAUAGUAUACUUAUUCCUAAAUAUAGCGAUGAAAAGGGAAAAGGAAUGGGAAAGUUUUAGAUACAUUUAGAAUUAACCAUGCUAACAUUAUAAUAUUAAUAAAUUUUAUUUUAAAGA